CCUGUGGUCUAUUAUGACGUCGAAUUCCUACAGACAGCAAAAUAUGCUCCGGUCAAGGUAUUAAUGAGAUUGUUAGCACAAGUCCUAAAAGUUUUCCGUGUUUUAAUGAAGUUUUACUAAAGUUUACCGUUAUCUGUUUUGAAACGAUGUAAAUAAGUGGCGAUAUUAUCGAUGCAGACGUCGAAAUCCUCCGACACAAAAAUUUAGGAUCCAUAGUUAGUUAGAGCAGGUUUUUCAUUUGUAAUUUUGUGGCUGGAAUAACCAGAGAAAUUAUUCACUGGUAAUUCAAUGGGGACACCUAUUCAUGAACGAGGAUACACAUCUGUCCUCGUACCUUAUGUACUUCAGUAUCCAGCCAACACUUUGUGGGGAGAAAAUACCCAAAGGAAACGUUUAUGGCGUAGGUGGAAUCAGCUAUCCAGAUUUCAGCGCAACACUUGUCUACUCUUCAUGGCUCUGCUAAUCACUUUGUCCAUACUAUUUGUGUUGCCUAACCUUCCAUCAAGUGGAGGUUUGCCAGCCCCAUCUAAAAACGAAGAAGCAGCAGGUCUGGAUACAGUGCAAGGAAUAAAACCAAGUUUAGAUUAUGAACGAGAACCUGAAGGUCCUCCAAAACCCAUCACUCAAUCAAGACCUAUCCAAGAAAAUUUCAGGCCACUUACCAAAGAAGAGGAAGAUAAUCAUGCUGGAAAGAAUGAAGACAAGUCUGUGAACCUACCCAGGAAUGGAUUUGAUCCACUCAACACGAACAACAAGAAAAUUAUUUUUACUGGACCCACCAACGACCGUCAAAGAGCAGUUGUGGAAGCUUUUAGUCACGCUUGGAAGGGUUACAAAACCUAUGCAUGGGGCCACGACCACUUGAAGCCGAUUAGCCAGACUUAUAACGAUUGGUUUCAUCUUGGAUUAACAAUCAUAGACUCUCUAGAUACCAUGUACAUAAUGGGUCUAACUGACGAAUUCAACGAAGCCCGUAGUUGGGUCAAAGACUCUUUGCAAUUCAAUGGAAAUCGAGAUAUUAAUUUAUUUGAAACCACUAUUCGAGUACUGGGCGGAUUGCUCAGCACGUAUCAUUUAUCUGGUGAUAAAAUGUUUCUAGACAAAGCGCUGGAACUGGGUUUGCUUCUUUUGCCGAGCUUUAAAACGUCUUCGGGGGUGCCAUAUUCCGAUGUUAACCUUGGCACGAAGAAGGCUCACCCUCCCAAGUGGAACGCCGACUCGACCACUUCGGAGGUGACGACCAUUCAACUUGAAUUUCGCGAUCUCAGCCGCUCGACUGGUGAUCCCACCUUCGAAGAGCUGUCGUUCAGAGUGUCAAAAUUUAUCCACAAGUUGCCAAAAACGGAAGGGUUGGUUCCCAUUUUUAUCAAUCCGAACACGGGCCAAUUCCGCAAGUCGACCAUAACGCUGGGAGCUCGCGGAGAUUCGUACUACGAGUACCUACUGAAGCAGUGGAUUCAGACGGGCAGGACCAUCGAUUUUUUACGAGAUGACUACAACGCAUCCAUCAGCGGCGUCAAGAACCUCCUCGUGCGUCAUUCCAAGCCGAACAAUUUACUUUUCGUCGGAGAGCUUAUCAACGGCAAUGACUUUAAAGCCAAAAUGGACCAUUUGUUGUGUUUCCUUCCGGGCACGCUGGCCCUUGGCGUUCACUACGGCAUGCCAAAAGAACAUUUGCGCCUGGCGGAGGACCUCCUCUACACUUGCUACCAGACUUACGCAGCUCAGCCCACUCAUCUAGCGCCCGAAAUCACUUAUUUCAACGAAGACGACGGUGACAACGACAUGAUCGUCAAACCGGCCGAUUCACACAAUCUCUUGCGACCGGAAACGGUGGAGAGCCUGUGGUACAUGUACCACUUGACGGGCAACACUACCUACCAAGACUGGGGCUGGAAAAUUUUCCAGGCAUUUGAAAAGUUUGCUCGGGUGGAAAACGGUUACAGCUCCCUGGGCAACGUCAGGAGCGUGUCUGAGAUUAAAUUGCGAGACAUGAUGGAAUCGUUCUUCCUGGGCGAGACGCUGAAAUACUUUUACCUGCUCUUUAGCGACGACCAGAAGACGCUCAGCGUCGACCGCUACGUUCUCAAUUCGGAAGCUCAUUUCUUCCCCAUUCACACUUCCCGAUGACCACAUCCUUUUUGCACCAACUACUUUUUCCCCAUCUUCUUUGACCUUCUCUCUCUCUCUCUCUCUUUUCUUCGAGUAAGAAAAUAUCAUCAAGUUGAAACGAAAACAUUCUAGUGUGCUCACGCGGGAAUUUUGGAGGGGGGAUGGUGGACAUGUGUGUGUCUUGUUUUCUUUAUGUGUGCCGUAUCAAACAACCUGGUUCUUUCACUUAUAUUACUUCACGUUUGUUUGUUUUUUCUCUUUUUUUUAUAAAUUUAUAUAUCUGGUCGAGGAGACGAGAAAUGUGGGGGAUAACACUAAAGAAAAAAGCAAACAGCAACAACAUUAUUAUUGUAUGUUUCAUUACACUAGUCCGAAAAA